UCAACAUGGAUCUGGACAGCAUCGAAGGACUGAAUGAAAUCCGUCCGUCCGUCUACAGAGUCGCCAUGAAGCUUCUGUCUCUGCAGAGACUCAGUCACAGUGAGUUCACAGUAUUAUACUACAUGUAUUAUCAGGAAUUAGGGUUGAACAGACAGGAAGUAACCCGGACUCUGAACAGAAUAUUCCACAGCGUGUCACAGGAAGUGCCGGGUCAUGUGACUGUGGAAGCUCCAGAGGCGAUCUGCAGUCUGAUGUUCAGGAUCAACGACCGGAGUCAGUCUGGUUUUAUAUCAACUUCUUCUCUUCAAACUUCUCUCAUCGCUCUGUCAGCUGAAACUCUGCAGGUUAAAUACAGAGCUCUGGUGAGUGUUGCAGAGACCAGUUCAGGACAAGUCAGCAGGUCCCGACUCAGAUCUUUACUCCAGGACCUCAGCCGGGUUCCUGCGGCGGUGCAGGAGGACGGCGUGUUCGGCGGCGUGGAAGCUGCAGUGAGGUCUUGUUUCAACGGGAUGUUGACCUCGACAGCAGGUGAUGAACAUGUGUUGUCAUGGCUGCAGAGCGAGCCCCGCCUGUUGCUGUGGUUACCCACCCUGUAUCGCCUGUCUGUCAGUCAGAACAUCAGUCACGCCGUCCGCUGCCACACCUGCAAGACCCGCCCCAUCACCGGACUCAGGUAUCGUUGUAUGAAAUGUGUGAACGUCCACUUGUGUCAGAGCUGCUUCUUGACAGACAGACAGACGAGGAAACACAAAACUCACCAUCCAGUGCUCGAGUUCUGCAUACAGCCCACCUGGAGGGAGUCUCUGUCCUCGUUAGUGCACAGCGCUCGACACGCCCUGUUGCCACCGCGCUACACUCGGAGAGAGGCCCACAGUAGGAGGGUCCUGAUGCGGGCGGAGCCUCAGGACAGUGCUCCGCCCCCCUCUGAUGCCUCAACACAAUUGGCUGCCUCAGCUGUCAGUCACAGUCCCUCCUCUGAUGAUCAACCUCCUUCCUGCUCGUCUUCAUCAAAAGCUCUGCAGACUGACGGAGAGACUCAGCAGCUGAAGCCGUCCGUUCUGCUGACUGAAGUCAGAAACUUACAGAGAGACAAAUGGCUGAUUGAGGAGGAGUUGCAGGUGUGGCGGCUCACCGUCCAAUCAGAGCAGAGCAUCCUAGAGGAUAGGUGCUCUGAGAUGGAAGUUACCAUGGAAAUGCUGAGAGAACACAACCUACGUCUGCAGCACUCACUCACACAGGCUCUGAACAAGAUGGAGGUUCAACAACAUGCCAACAACACACCACAACACAUAGACAGAGAGGAAACAGAGGACACAAAGUACACAGAAGACACAGAGGCCAUAGAGGACACAGAGGCCAUAGAGGACACAGAGGCCAUAGAGGACACAGAGACCAUAAAGGACAUAGAGGACACAGAGGCCAUAGAGGACACAGAGACCAUAAAGGACACAGAGGACAUAGAGGCCAUAGAGGACACAGAGGACAUAGAGGACACAGAGGACAUAGAGGCCACAGAGGACAUAGAGGACAUAGAGGCCAUAGAGGACACAGAGGACACAGAGGACAUAGAGGCCACAGAGGACAUAGAGGCCACAGAGGACACAGAGGACACAGAGGACAUAGAGGCCAUAGAGGACACAGAGGACAUAGAGGCCACAGAGGACAUAGAGGCCAUAGAGGACACAGAGACCAUAAAGGACACAGAGGCCAUAGAGGACAUAGAGGCCACAGAGGACACAGAGAGAAACACAGAAGAGGAAGAAGACGAGGAUGAAGUGUUGCUGAAGACAGAGGACGAGUGGAGCGAGGGAGAACUACAAACUCUAUUUCCCACAAUGCACCAGGACACACCUCUGUCAUAUGACAUCCACAAUGAAGAGGAUAAUGCAGGUGACUGGCUGCUCUGUUGUCCAAUAGGACAACAGGAUGGAUCUAAGGAGGCGGGGCCACAGGAAGAGGACACCUGUUUGUCUGAAGAGGAGGAUUGUGGGACGUGUAGUCCAGAGGAGCUGCUGCAGGAGACUGUGAGAGGGCAGAGCUUCUUCAGGCUGCGAACCAGGUGGGAAGCUCGAUACACCACUUGGUGGACGCUGUGA